CACCCACUUUUUCCUUGACAAAUAAACUCUCGAGGUUUCUGGAGAAGCAAGACAAUUCAUUAAUUAAUAGAGAAGCAAGACAAUUCAUUAAUUAAUUAAUCAUGGGUUGGGUAUGGAAGGACGAUGAUGAAGACUCCUCGGGCGAGAUCUACGGUGGAAACAAUCCUAGAUCUGACGGCGUUGCAUGCUCAACCAGGAAGAUUGUAUCUUCUCAGUGCAGAACUGAAGAGGUUGAGCCCGGCAAAUUCAUUAAGAAAUGCGAGAAAACCGAACAAGUUCUUAAGGAUUGUCUUGGCAGGCCAUCUGAGGUAGUGCAUUCUAACAAGGAAUACACUGAAGAAGAUGUGACUGAACAGAUGACAAAAGGUUCUUCUUUCCCACGGCAGUCAUCAGAGCUUACACCGUUUGACUUCCCUGGACUGCGCAGUGAUAUAGAAUCAAUUGAACGCAACUUUUUUGGAAACAUGAACCGUUUCUUUGAGGCUGCUGAAGACAUGACGAAAGGGAUUUUCGGUAUGUUUGGGUCUCCUCAUCUUUAUGACGGGGACUCCAAAGCCACUUUUGGGUCUCCUAGUUUGUUUGAUGGGGAUUCUAAACCUUCUUCUAAAAGGAGUGUACCCAUUGAAGCUUCACCUCCAAAGAUCGUUGAGCCUGAAACUCGUGAUGGACAUGUCGAUCUUUCAGGAUUGGCCAGAGAUGUUUGAGCUCACAUGAUCCACUUAUAUUAGUGUCUUGAUGCUUAUUAGUAUGGUUUUGGAAUAAUUGUAGAUGCUAGUUAACUAAAUGAAUUGCAUUUAUUAGAUGUUUUAAUCUUUGUGGUUGAAAAAAAUAUCUUGCUAUAUUAAUUUUAAAUAGCAGUGAGCUGUGUUGAAUA